UCUUUACGUGCAAUUAAUACAAUCUGCUUUCAAAAUAAUAGUAGUACAGGGCAGAGGUGUGCUGCUAGGUUGGCCAAGGUGUCUUUUGUUGUUUUUGUUGGAUCCCUUGUCUCUGUUUAUCGGUUAGUUUUGGUUUGGCCAAGUGAAAUUAUGGACCGUACGUCAUGCAUACGAAUCCGUUAAGGAAAUAUGUUUUUUUUUAAUAUUUCGUGGAGACUCGACACAAUUUUCGCACUCCUCAGAAGCAAAAGUCCUCUCUUUAAUGCCGCCGGUCUCAGAAGGUAAACAUGCCUACAGAGCGGGGACCGUAUACGAAAGAUAGUCGAACCACCAAGUGGAGGAGGAACCUCGAAGAAGGCAGCACUUGCACAGAUCAUGGGGAAGAUUGUGAUUUCCACACCUUGGGUAACUCAGAAUGCUCUUGUGACUACCACAGAGAUGCAAGAGGUGAUGGACAAGAUGAUGAUGAUUGUAUGUGUGUUUAUCAUGUUGCAGCUAGAUCAGAUAUGAAGCUUGAAGAUGUGGAUCAAUAUAAUGAACAGGACUCAAAUGAAGAAGUUAAUUAUGAUGAGGAAGGCGACUGCCAUCAAGGUCUGGACGAAGGAUUGGAAUUCAUCGCAGAUCAAAGUUUGCAGUGUGCGUCUGAAGAUUUGGACGAAGAGAAGGGAUCUCAAUCCAAUCAAGAUAUGAAUGAAGAUGAAGAGAUGAACAGCAAUGAUGACAGUCAUCAUGAAAUCAGCAGACACUCUGGUCUCAGCAGUGAUUCAUCAAUCCCCUCAGAGGAGACCAUUGAAAAGUCUGUGCUAAAUUCCUCAAUAAAUGUUUGUGCUCGAUGUGCAGAUAUUUUAUCUGAGUGUGUCUGUGAGAGUUCUUCGACAGACUGUAGUGACAUUGAAAUCUGUCUACUGGAAAGGUUGCAGCGGAAUGAGGACUCUGUGUACAGUGAUGGGCAUGACGAAGAUUCCAGUCCUGACCCAAGUACUUCGGGAUCGAGUUCUGGUUUUGAUUCAAGUGGCUCAAGCAAUGGAAAUGGGGGUGAUGAUCCUCCCAGUGGAGACUCUGACCCUGGCCCUGAUGAGGGAGGGGAUGAACUGGAAGACUUGGAUGAAAACAACUUCUCGCUGCAAGAUGCAUCAUUGAAUCGUAUAAUGCAAGCUGCUGAAGGUAGAACUGCGAGGGAAAUGUUAGCCAUGGUAUUGGCACUUUCUGUUAGGCAUAAUUUAAAUUAUGUAACUUUGAUUGCCGUGUGUCAAAUUAUAAAUGCUGGUUGUGCUUUCAAACUACUGCCAUCAACAAUUAAGCAGCUAUGGAGUGUAUUGAGGAAACAAAACGCUGGUAUUGUGAAGCAAGCAUACUGUCCAAAGUGCUACAGCAACUUAGGGGAAGUGAGACAUUUACCUAGGAAUGUAGUGUGUGUUAACCAACUUUGUGACUAUCGGUGUAGGCGGCGAGUUGUGAAGUACUUCAUAACUUUAAGCAUCAAAAGACAGCUUAAAAAUCUCUUAACGCUGCCUGGGAUGUGGCAGCUUCUCCAAUACAGAUAUAACCGACAGAAAUUGUUUGAGAAUGCUUACGAAGAUGUCUUGGAUGGUCAUGGCUACCAAGCCUUAGGAGAUAUUGGCAAUGGUUUGACUUGCCAAAUAAAUGUUGAUGGAUUCAGUACCAGUGGAUCAUCUGGUUCUCAGGCUUUUCCUAUUCUUGUGCGAAUUAAUGAACUACCUCCAAGUCUUAGACAAAAGUUCACACUUUUAGGGGGCAUCAUUAUCUCAGAUGGAGAUCCAGACAUGAAUAUGUUAUUUGAGAAAUUUGUAGCCGAUAUGAAUGACUUAUCAAGGGAUGGAAUUGAAUGGAGUCCACAGGAAGGGAAUAUUAUCCAAACCAGACUUUUUCCAACUUGUUUCUGCCUUGAUGCAAGAGCUCGUGCUUCUCUGUUAAAUCUAAACCUGUACAGUGGACAUUCAAGCUGUCCAUUUUGUGUUCAUCCAGGUGUGUAUUUGAAUGGCGCCAUGAAAUUUCCUGUCCCUGGCACUGAGAUCAUGCUAGUGAGAAGACAGAGGCAACAAUUGUAUGUUGUCCCAGAAACUCCUCUCCGCACACACCAAGAGAUUCAGCAAAAUAUGAUCCAAGCUUUGCAGACAGGAAGAACUGUUAAUGGUUUUAGAGGUCCAUCAGUCCUUUUAAAUUUGGAGCACGUGAACCUAAGCAAUUGUUGUUCCCCAGAUGAUUUACAUGCCAUUUACCUGGGGGUUACAAAAUUUUUAACCAAUCUAAUAAUAGAGGAAGCAGAAGAUCCCGAUAAUUUGAUGAGACAAAUAGAUGCAAGACUUCGUCGUAUUCGUACCCCAACACUCAUCUCCCGGAAGCCUAGGAGUAUCAAGAAGAGAGGAAAGUAUAAAGGCUCAGAAUGGAAGACUUGGUUGCUGUAUCUUGGGGUUCCAUGCAUGGUUGGCCUAAUACCAGAAGAUAGACUACGUCUUUUUUCUCUCUUGUCUGAAGGUGUGUUCUUGCUAUCUCAAGAUUCUGUCUCUGAUGAAAAUAUUGAUGAAUCGGAGAGACUUUUAGAAAUGUUUGUGACUGAAGUCCAAGAAGUGUAUGGAGUGGGCAGAAUGCGUUUCAAUAUUCACAUGAUAUUGCAUCUAGCAAUGGCUGUGAGACUUUGGGGGCCCCUUCAGUUGCACAGCACCUUUCCUUAUGAGGGGUGGAACAAGAAGUUAAGGGAUCACAUUUCUUCUCCUAAUGGAGCUGUUGACCAAAUUGUGUUGAGGUUUCUUCUGUUGUCAUUGGCUCAGAGGCUUCCAUAUGAAGAAGGCCUAGAUGAUGAAACCAGAGAAUUUAUAAGAAGCAUGAUGUCUUCUUUGGAACUUGACAAUCCUCUUCAAAUUGGAUCUUCUUAUUUCUUUGGAAAGCACACAAUGCGCAACCCGACAGAGGAUGAAGUUUUGUUACUAAAUACAGCUGGAGUGCAUGCAGAUAACAAUCUUCGUCUAGUUGAGUACCACCAAUGUCGGAAGGCAAGAAUUUGGCUGCAUUCAAGUAGAUACUAUGAAUACUAUGCAGAUGACCGUGACUCCAAAUCUGAUAACAUGACAGUUUUCACAAUGAACAACCAAUUUUGCAGUAUUGAUUCUAUUGUUGUUCUUGGAGAAGGGGAGAAUCAAAUUGCUGGUAUGUUUUGUCACCUACUCACUAUUGGUGAUGCACCAUUUGAUGCUGCACACAUCAAGUAUAUACUCAAUGAGAAUGAAAGACUGUUUCUAGUAAUUGAUUCUGUUCGAAAACCAGCAAUAAGAAUGGUUUUUGACAACAUGUCUUAUGUCACACCUAUGUCUAAUGUGGGGGAGAUUGAUUAAAUUGUUCAGACUGUUUCUAGUAAUUGAUUCUGUUCGAAAACCAGCAAUAAAAAUGGUUUUUGAGAACAUGUCUUAUGUCACACCUAUGGCUAAUGUGGGGGAGAUUGAUUACAUUGUUCAUAUGGUAAUAUGGUUGCUUUAUGACAAUUUCUUCCAUUAUUAUGAAUAAUAUAAUUUUUGUAGCAGGCUGCACAUUGUUGAUUGCAAAAAAUAAAAAGGGAGAAAACAUUUAAAUAGUGUAUAUAAUCCCCCCCUAAAUCCCAUUUUGCAACACAAAAAACUCAUGAAAAUACUAUCUGAAUUUCACCUCAAUUUGCUGUCCAAAUUUUAAGGUUACCUUAAUAUCUCAAAACCGAAAGGGGUCGAGACAAGCAGAAGAUAAAUUUGGUCAAAUUGAUAAAGACAAGAUGCAGACUUGAAAUAGACAACUUAACAGAGACAAGCAAGGGACAAAUUUGGACAAAUUGAUAAAGACAAGAUAUAGACUUGACAGAGACAACUUAUCCGGGACAAGCCGAAGACAAAUUUGGACAAAUGGAAACAGACAAAAUAUAGACAUGGAAGAGACAACUUAACCGAGACAAGCUACAGACAAAUUUAGACAAAUUGAUAAAGACAAGAUAAAGACUUGACAGAGACAACUUCUCCGAGACAAGCUAAAGACAACUUGGGACAUCGUUCUCGAGACAGUCUGGGGACACUUCAAAGACAAAAUUUCCUUAGACAAAGUAUGACAAAUAAAGACAACGACUUUGAGACACUGUAGGACACUUCUAGGACCAUAUUCGGACAUCAUUUGUCUUAAGGACAGGCAAAGACACGGCCAGGACACUAAGACACGAUAAAGACAUUUUCAGGACAAUUGGGGGCUUGUCUUUUGCUGUCCCUCGGCUCG